UACACAUUCAGCUCCAGCCAUAUCUAUUGCUACAACUAGAAUUACAGCUGCACCCACAACCAUUACUCCAACUGCAAAUCCAGCACCAACCAUGACAACUGCACCAACUACAAGUUCAGCUCCAGCCACUUCCAUUGCUCCUACUACAAGUGAAGCAGCACCCACAACCAUUUCUCCAUCUACUACUGCAGCCUCAAUGACAACAAUUGCCCCAACAACAAGUGCAGCUCAAACUCCUGCAAUUUCUGCAGCUACGAAUGUAGCAUCUCCCUCAACCAUUACUCUAACUACAAGUGCAGCACCAGCCACAAUAAUUGCUCCAAUUGCUAGUGGUGCUACAGCCACAACAAUUGCUGCAAGUAUAAGUGGAGCUGCAACCACAGUAAAUGUUCCACCCACCACUGUAGGUCCAACAACCGGUAAAUCUUGGAGCACUGCUCAUCUAAUAGCUACCACUGUAUCUCCCACCACAAUUGCUGCAGAAACUACAUAUUUAGCACCAAUCAGAACAAUUGCUCCAUCUACAAGUGCAGCUCCAUCCACAACAAUUCGCCUAAAUACCAGUGGAGUUCCAACCACAAGUAUUCCACCCACAACUGAAGGUCCUACAACAACUGAAUCCCUGAGCACGCCAUCUCCAGUAACAACAACUGUAUCUGUCACCACAAUACCUGCAGAAAAUACAAAUGCAGCGCUAACCACAACAAUUGCUCCAACUACAAGUGCAGCACUACCCACAAAAAUUCCUCCAAGUGCAGCCCCACCUAAAACGAUUCCUCCAACUACAAGUGAAUCUCCAGUAACAACUGCCCCAACUACAAGUACAGCACCACCAAAAACAACUGCCCCACCCACAAGUGGACCUUCAACCACUACAACUGUUGCAGCUGCAACUGAAGGUCUUACAACAACUGAAUCUCUGAGGACCACAACUAGUCUGUUGACUAAAACUGUGUCUCCCCCCAAAACCACUGCAGAAAGUACACCAACUACAAGUGCAGCACCACCAACAACAAUUACUCAAACUCCAGGUGUUGCCCUACUCACAACAACUAUUCCAAGUACAAGUGUAGCACCACCCAAAACAAUUUCUCCAACUACAAGUGAAGCUCCAACUACAAGUGUUCCACCCACAACUGAAGGUCCUGCGACAACUGAAACUCUGAGCACAUCAAGUAAUCCAAGAACUACAAUGGUAUCUCCCACGACAACAUCUUUAGCAAGUGCAGGUCCAACCCGAUCAAAUUUUCCAACCACAAGUCAAAGUCCUACAAGUGAAUCUCUGACCACCAGAAAUGGUCCAACAUCUACAUCUGUAUCUUUUGCUACUGCGACUUCUCCCUCCAUUACUGCAAGUGUUCUACCUAUUCCAGCUGCCCCAACUCUCUCUGGAAUGACGACCACCAAAGCCGCUCAAACAACCUGGAAACCAGCUACCAGCCAUGUCAAUGUUUUUAUUUUCAUCCGACUUGUGUUCCACACCAUGAAACCCGUCCCGUGUGAGUGUGAGAUUAUACCCCUGGUCAGCACUCUCUUGAAUGGUCAUGAAAGUCACUCGAUUGAUCCAGUGAAGUUCCAAAAAAGUGCUUUUGAGAAACUAUCCAAAAAUUCAUUUGCUUUGAGUCUGGGCUAUCAGAUAAAUAACAUGGAUAUGCCAGUGAACUUUGGACAAAGGCGUGAGACGUACAAAUCAAUUCAGAACUCCAUCGACAACCUGUUGAACAUCAUUCUGAGCAAACCUGGUGCAAAUCUUUCCAUCUUUCCACAAGCAAAAUAUAUGUACGCGCCUAACCAGAUUAAUGCAACUGUGGAGUACGUCUAUCGGCAAGAUGACAUCAAACGGCCAAGCAAAUUCUUGUCUGCGAUACUGACAAUUAGUGGUCUGGCCCCCACCGCAGCCCCCCCCACCACAAGGGGCCCUGUCCUGCAGCUGAUCACAAGUACAGCAGGCAGGUUCCCUGGAUGGGCCCUGGCCAUCAUCAUCCCCUGCAGUAUCAUCAUCCUCCUCCUCCCCUUCUGGAUCUUCCUGGGUUGUCAGCUGUGUGGUUGCUGUGCGGCCAUUAAGAGACGUUGGCACAGGAGGCAGGCCUACCACAUUCAGCAGUACAGGACGCAUCUCAUAUGAGAGGGUGGAGCUCUGAGCAUUAGCUGGAAUCUGAAAACCUGUAAAGCUUUAUCAUGACUAUUGUUUUAUUAUGAAUGUUCGUCCAGCACAUACUGUAAAUAGCAACUGUAUGGCUGAACAAUGUAAUACUUCUCUGAGAAAUCCAUGUAAUGAGAUCAAAGGGGAAAUAGCAAAAAAUUCACAUUUAUUAAUUUAGCUAUUCUGUCAUGCUUCAUUUCAUAUGUAUUGUUUAUUUCAAGGCAUUUUUGUAAUUUGGAAAGGUUGAAAACAAAUAUAUUGCUUAGCAAAACAAAUCACUAUAGAAUGUCAUUUUUUCCUCUUGUUUUCAAUUUUUUUUCUAAAACAAUAAAGAAUUUUAAAAGUU